AUGCCAAUAUGUGUGGAUGAGUGUCAGAACUGUGGAGGCUUAGUCCAGGGUCCCAAUGGCACCAUCGAGAGCCCAGGGUUUCCACACGGUUAUCCAAACUACGCUAACUGCACGUGGAUCAUUAUCACAGGAGAACGUAAUCGGAUACAAUUGUCAUUUCAUACCUUUGCUCUUGAAGAAGAUUUUGAUAUUUUAUCAGUUUACGACGGCCAGCUCCAACAAGGGAAUUUGAAAGUGAGAUUAUCGGGAUUUCAGCUGCCGUCCUCGAUCGUCAGCACAGGAUCUAUCCUCGCGCUGUGGUUCACGACAGACUUCGCCGUGAGUGCCCAAGGUUUCAAAGCCCUGUAUGAAGUUUUACCCAGCCAUACAUGUGGAAAUCCCGGGGAGAUACUGAAAGGAGUUCUCCACGGCACAAGAUUCAACAUAGGAGACAAAAUCCGGUACAGCUGUCUCUCUGGCUAUAUCUUGGAAGGCCAUGCGAUUCUGACCUGCAUCGUCAGCCCUGGGAAUGGUGCUUCCUGGGACUUUCCAGCUCCAUUUUGCAGGGCUGAGGGAGCCUGUGGAGGGACCCUGCGGGGAACCAGCAGCCACAUUUCCAGCCCGCACUUCCCCUCAGAAUACGGGAACAAUGCUGACUGUACCUGGACCAUCCUCGCUGAGCCCGGGGACACCAUUGCCUUGGUCUUCACCGACUUUCAACUAGAAGAAGGGUACGACUUCUUGGAGAUCAGUGGAACAGAAGCGCCGUCCAUAUGGUAA